AUGUCAAAACAACAGGAGAAGAAAUUAAUGACGAAUCAUGAUGAUAAUGACAAUUCCGAAUCAUCAUCGGCAUCAAUAAUAUAUUGUUGUUCAACAGAACGAAUCAAAAAUAAUUUAAUAGUGUGGAUUUUAUUUUCUCUCUACUUGUUUGGAAUUUACUUGACAUUUACUGGAUUUUUUCCUUUGGGUGAUAAAAUCACUUCUCAAUCGAAUAGAAAUUUAGAGGAAAUUAAAAAAGAAUUGAUAAAGAGUUCAAAAUUGGAAUUAUUAGAAGAAAAUAAUCAACCAAAGGUCAACAAGAUUGUUUUUAUUUUAAUUGAUGCUCUUGGAUCAAUGAGAUUUGACAAUGCACUGAAUAGUGAUGAUACAUCACUACUUAGCUCUAUUCACAAUAGAAAGGAAAAUUUUAUAUGGUUCACAAGUUAUGCUCAUGCACCAACUGUUACCCUUCCAAAAUUGAGAUCACUUGUAAAUGGUCAAAUGUCAAAUUUUGUAGAUGUUGUAAUGAAUGUUGUCACUGAGGAUCAUUCCACCGAAUCGAAUGAUGGACCAGAUAAAGAGUUGAAAAGAAAAAUAGUUAAUAGUAGUGGAUUUUUGUAUAAUUUGAAAAAGGGAGAUUGGAAAAUUUUACUACAUGGGGAUGAAACUUGGUUCAGUGAUUCCACACAUUCUCUCUAUGUGACAGAUACUGUAAUUGUUGACAAUAAUGUCACACGACAUAUCAAUGAAGAAAUGCAAAUGCAAAACAGUUGGGAUUUGAUGAUAUUGCACUAUCUUGGAUUUGAUCAUCUUGGACAUAUGCAUGCUUCUGAAAUGGAAUUUAAAGAAAAAUUUCAAUAUUACAAUGAUCAAGUUUUCGAACCAAUUCUAUCUCGUAUCAAUGAUACUCUUUUUGUUAUCGGCAGUGACCAUGGAAUGACCAAUGAUGGAAAUCAUGGUGGUAGUACACCAAUGGAAACCAAUGCAGUGUUGGCUUUUAUUCAUCCACUAAUCCAAUCAAAGGAAACAAUUUACAGAGGCACAGUUAAUCAAAUAGAUUUCUGUCCAACUAUUUCACUCUUGACCGGUGUUCCAAUUCCAGAAUUGAGUGUGGGAAAGAUUAUUCUCGAUUUGUUUUUACCUUUUGGUGAACAAUUUACACUCACAAGUAUCAUUUCCAAUGCAGCUCAAUUGCUGCAAAAUGUGAAUGAUCAAGAAUAUAUUGAAUAUUUGAAAAGAUGGGAGAGUGUUGAAAAUAAUAACUUUAACAGAACUAAUCAAAUUGAAAAUUAUUUCGACAUACUUUCAGAUAUGAGCUCUAGGCUCAUUAAAAAGAGCGGGAGUAUUCAACUGGGAGCAGUCUUAUGGAUACUCGCCAUGUUAGUAUUGGAUUCCAUGACAAGAAAUUGGAAUGUUAGCGGUGUCAAGGAUUCCCAAUAUUCGGAAACUCAAACCUCGAAGAGAGAGAUUAUUGAAAUGGCAUCUUUUUUGAUUGCACUUUUUCUAAUGGCAGCACAUUAUUGGAAGUAUCAUGAAUUGAAUGAUAGAAAAUUGUUGAGAGGGGCCCUACUCGCUCCUUGCAUUUUGGUAUGGUGUUAUGUAUUGGAUUUUAAAUUGUUAGAGGCAAGUGCGGAGGAUGAUAUAGAAACUGCUAAUAUUCAAGGAUUGAACAAUCACGUGAAUGAUAACGGUAUUACAUUUAGUGCAGGUGAAGAAUGUAAAACUAUGGAAAAUUUAGAAUAUUUAAAUCCAAAAUCAGUUGAUUACUUUAGGAGAGGAAGAUUAAAGUUAGGAGAUAUUUCUGCUAACUAUAAAUACAAGCAAGUGUUUGAGAUUGAAAAACAAUUCCCUCAGACUCUCACUCUCAUGUUAAAUUUAACCUCGGGUGAUAUUUUAAAUGCUCUUCCUGAUCCUCCAAAAUAUAAGAAUGAACCUCAAAUGGGUUUAUUUCCGAAACAUAUUGAUGUGGACAAAUACAAUUCAAUAAGAUUGAGUGAAGAAAAGACACCAUUUAAAAAGUUUAUUCCUUCUAAAUUUUCUCCUCAUUUACCUCCAUUGAAAAGAUUUGAUCAAUUUACUGCUCAGGAAACAAUAUCUAAACCUGAGGAUAUUUAUUCAGUACAACCUCAAUUUAUUCAAAAAAUUCUUUUGGAAAAUAUUAGAAUCAAAUCGGAUAAAUUUCAUCAAAGGUUGUCCUCAUACCAAUAUUGUGUUGUACUUGUAAUGAGAUGUAUGAAUUUGGAUACCCUUGUUGGUAUCAAUCUACCAUUACUAAGAGUAUUGGAUGUUAGAUUUAAUAACAUUUCUGUAAUGGAUAAUAUUUUACCAAUGCUACAAGCAUCUCCAUUCAUUGAGCAUUUGGUUGUUAUGGAUAAUCCAAUAGAAAAAAUUGGAAAUUGGAGACCUAUCCUAAUUGGAACAUGUCCAAGAAUAAUUUCACUCAAUGGACAAACAGUUUCAUUUUCAGAGAGAGAGAAUGCAAAUGAUGUCUAUGGAACUGUAGUAAGCAGAAAGACAUUUUCAUACCUUAAGUGGGAUGAAAGAAUGAAUGCUUUAUGUGAAAGAUUAGAACUCGAGUCUUGGCAACCAGAAAAUAUUACUACACUAUCCUUAUCAAAUGCAAGACUGACCGAAUUUCAUAUUGGAAAUAUGGUGAAUAUCAAGGAAUUAGACCUUUCAAAGAAUAGUAUUACCACUAUUAAAGGUUGUGGGUUGGAAAGAUUAGAAAAACUGAGAGAGUUCAACAUUAAUGAUAAUGCAAUUUCUGAAACUCACUGUCUUAGAGUGUUAACCUAUAUUCCUUCGUUAAGAAAAUUGUGGAUUUGUGAAAAUCCAUACGAUACAACUGAAAAGGAAGAAAAUCGUAUUUGGUACUUUAUUGUUUACUUGACUAUUAAUUUGAAAGGUGAUAACCGUUGUGUAGGCUUAUUGGAAUUAGAUGAUAUCAAGAUCACCAUCGAGCACAGACUUAAAUCUAUCAAAAUUUUCUCAGACAAUAUCCAAGAUGAUGAUUUACGUAGAUUGAGAUGGAACUAUUCAAUUAUCAAUUAUUUUGGUCACCAUCAAUUGAGGCAAUUAUGUAAUGGGCAAUACAUGUCUAUUGUUACCAAGUUGAUUCUUCCAAAAUGUGCAUUAACUUUGGCUGAUUUGGGAUUUUUCAUCUCACUUGAAUAUGUUGACUUGUAUGGAAAUAAUCUCAUCACUAUUAAUGGCAUUGAAAAUUUGAAAUCUUUAAAGUUUAUCAACUUGUCUGGUAAUCCUAAAUUGGAUAGAGAUCCAGUUAUUAAUUCUCUAUCAAAACUUAGUAAUUUAAUUUAUGUAAAUAUUACAUCUGAUCUUUCCAAAUUACAAUUUGAUAGAAACCUUAAUUCAACCGAGUCAGUGAGAAGAGCAUCUGUGCUCAAGCUCCUUUUAGAUAGAAACGACAGACUUCUAUUCUUGGAUGAUAUCAAGAUUGAUAUUAUUGAGAGGUCAAGAAUUAUAAAGGUCCUGAGAGACUUUUCUGAAGUUGAAGAGUUAAAAUUCAGAUUCAACCUUUCUAUUGUUGCUCAGGUGGUUAAUUCUCCAUUGACAGACAAACUUAAACUUUCAUAUAAGGAGAUUGUAAUUGGUAAAAUGUACGAUCCUUCUCUUAUUACCAAGCUUUACUUGAGAGAUUGUGGCUUGAAGGAUGUGGGUACAGAUUUCUCACAUUUUAUUUCCCUCACAUGCUUGGAUAUUUCUCACAAUAUGAUCAAUAAUAUUCUUGAUAUUGGUUUGGAGAAGUGUAGAGAAAUCAAAUAUCUUGAUUUAGGAUUUAACAAUAUUUCGAACAAGUUGGUAGAUAUUACCAAUAUGUUACAUCGUAUGUACGACUUGGAAAUGGUCUCUCUUUAUGGAAAUCCAGAAUUAGAGAAGCAAAAGAAUUACAAAAUUAAGAUUUUGAAAGAUUUAAAUAGUUUGAGAGGUGGUCUAAAACUAGUCAUAUUUAACACUAAAAUUACUAGCCAAGAACGUCAAUUGGUAUGGAAUGAAAAAGAAGAGACUAGACUUCAAAAGGUCAUUGAAGAAAAGGGAUAUCACCUCAGCAAGGCAUUCUCGAUAUUUGAAAUCAAUUUGAACGAAUCAGGUAUUGAUAGAUUGGAUAACUAUAUUGGAGCUUUCAAGAAUUUGGAAAAAUUAUUGUUGAGAGGUAACCAAUUCAAUGCCAAACUUUCUGUUUCUUGUCCUGGUAUUUUUGAAAUGAAAUUGUUAAAGAUUCUCGAUUUGAGAAAUAACAAACUCACCGACUUGGAUGAGGUGAUUGCAAUUGUUAACCAAAACCCAUUCCUUGAAUGUUUAGGUGUUUAUACAUCUUCUGAUGAAAAUGAAGAUGCAAACUUUACUCAAUACACUGAGCAGCAAGUGAGAAAUACCAUUAUUUCCAAGACUCCUAGACUUGCAAAUAUUUUCUGCCCAUUAUGGGAAAUUGAUGAAAAGGAAAUUACUGUGAAUGAAAUUGUAAAUAAUUGGCCACUUUCAGAUGGAAAUCCCAAAUCAUUCCAGUUCCAAGCCUCUAUUUUCAAAAAAUACUUGCAAACAGUUAAGGAGAGAGAAAUAUGGAAAGUAACGAUCAAUCAAGUGAGUAUAGUAUCAUUGGAUUUGUCUGGUUCUGGUUUGGACUUUAUAGAUUUUUCCAAUUUCCUCCACUUGAGAAAAUUAUCCCUAGCAAAGAAUUUGAUAACAGAUACUGCAUUAACACUUUCUGGAUUGGAAAAGACAGAGCUUGAAGAAUUGGAUUUACAAUACAAUUUAAUAUCCAGUGUUGAUGUUAUCACCAAGUUUAUUGAUAAUAAGAAGUCUCUUAAAAAGCUCACCUUGAUUUAUAAUCCUAUUUACAAGAUGAAUAUUCAAUCAAGAUCUAUUGAAAAGGAGACAACAGAUCGUGUAAUUGCGUCAACCUUUGAAACCUCACACGAAUAUACAGAGACACGUAAGAGUAUCGUUUCCAAACUUCAAUCUGCUCGUUCUCCAGAUUGGAUAUUUGAGUUGGAUGGAAAGCUCGUUACAGUCAGUGAAAGAUGUGAUGCCAUUGCAAAGGAACUUACUUUCCACGAAUUGGAACAAACUCGUUUGAGAUUAACUCUGAACGAAUGCAAAUAUAACGAUACAGAAUCUCUUACAUUAAAGUUGAACUAUAAGGGAAUCAAAUUAUUGAACAGCUUGAAAGAUUAUCAUUUACUCACCCAUUUAGAUUUACGAGGUAACUUGAUCAAACAACUGGAUAAGGCAUUGUUUUCAAACUUGAAAAAGUUGCACUAUCUCGAUAUUAGAGAUAAUGAUAUAUCAGUUCAGGAUGAACAGCUUAUUUUGAAUAUAAUUGGAUCUUCUGGAUCUUUGCGUACCCUUUACAUUCAAAGAUGUGGCGGUCAAUUAUUCUUAGAUCCAGCAAAAUAUUACAUUCAAGUAUUUUCAACUUUGCGUUUAUUACAAAAUGUUGAUGAUUUUACUAAUCCCUUCCCACUUUCUAAAUCUCAAUUGCUUGCUUCACAAUUUUUACAAAAUCAUUACAAUGUAUCACCAAACUCUCUCACAAAUAUUCAAAUUGAUGAUCAAAUCAAUCAAUUGAACCAAUUCUAUACUUUAUUAUUGUCUCUUUCCAGUCUGGUCACUCUCUAUGAUACAACACUUGUUUCAAAUGUGAAAAAUAAGGAAAAGAGUAGCUACAACCUGGGAGGUGUUGCUCCUCCUAAUGAAGGAGGUACCACUAGUACUCAACCUCUCAGUAGACAAACAACCAUUGUUGAUAAUGAUAGAAAUCAAAUGUAUAUAGGAGCUGAAUCCAAAAUUGAAUUGAUUGGACCAAAGUCUGUCUACUUUAAAUCAUUUAAUAUUCCUGUGAGUGAUUAUAGACUCUUGCUAAUGUCUCACAUUAGAACUUUGGAUGAAAUUGAUGGUAGAAUGGUCACAUCCAAUGAUAAGGCCAUUACAAUUAUUGAAAUUAAUCGUUUGAGAAAUAUUAUCGAAAGAAAAGGAUUUGCUCUUAGACCUGUACUCACUUAUUCAGCAGUGAGAAAUUCCAUCAUUGAACAAUUAUCAAAAGAACAUUUGAAUGAAACUGUUAGAGGUUUAUUCUCCAGACACGAUUCUGGACCCAAAUCUCCAACAAGUCCAUCAAGUCCAACUAAUGCAGCUAGCAAUGAUCCAAAUUCUAAAACAAAAGCAAUUAAAGUUUCACCUACCAAGAAUUGGACAAAUAUCACAACUGCUACUCUUCCACUAGAUGAAACAAUUCCUAAUUAUCAUCAUCCAGGUUUACUCUCGAAUGAUAAGUUUUCAGACAUGAUUUUGAAGGAUCCUCAUGGAACUUUGGUACCAUUUGAAUUUAUUCAAGACAAUUAUUCUAAUAUUAAGAUUUUACAACAAUAUCAAGAUAUUCUUCUACUCAAGGGUGAAUAUACCAACUUGUUUGAUGGUGUAUUUGAAAAGAUUUACUUUUUACUAUUUGCCUUUCAAUUAUAUUCUAUUUGUUAUUCAUUCUCAAUUCCUUGGCCAUACUAUUAUAAUAUGAUUAUCAAGUACAAUGUUCUAUCAAUUAAUAGUUUGGAUUUAAUUUGGAAAACCAUCAAGUUUAACAAUUACUAUUUCAUAUAUUCAUGGGAAAUGAUUUUACCAGGGGUUUUCCUAAUAUUGUUCCUGCUGAACCCCAACUAUAAGACAUCUGUAAAAUUAUUUGUGAGCAAACUAUGUUGGACAAUGUUUACAUGUAUAUGUUGCUUUAUAUUACUAAUCUUUAUUGUUGCUGCUGGUUCAUUUGCUGUCUUUCCAUCAACAUAUGACGAAUUUGCAAGAGGAGAAUUACCAAGUGCAAUAGAUGUUUGGGGAUUAUUUGGAUUUUCUGUUGCAGUAUUGCUGUUGUUAUUUGCUAUUUUUGUUGUAUAUCUUAUAAUUUAUAGAGUCAAGUAUCAGGAUCAAAUGUUUUUCAUCAACUUUAUCAAGAUUAGACAGCGUUUAUUGUGGAUUGUCUUUACAAUUUUUUACUUUGUUUGUGUGAGAAGUAUCUUUUCUACAUUUGAAUGUGAAAGUAAUAUGGUAAGAUUGGCAACAACUAACAGUACCACUGUUCCAAUAUGGAUGGUUGAAAAUUACAACACGACUCUCUCUUUCAGAAAUACUUCAAACUUACGUAUAUUCAAUAAUGAAGCAUGUCCAGAGUCAUUAUUCAAACCUCUUAAAUUCCCAAUCAUGUAUUGGGUUUCUAUUGGAUUUGGUAUCUUUUAUUUAAUUUUAAUUCCAUUCAUGAUUUUCAUAUUUAUUUACAAGAAUCACUCAAAGAUUAUCUAUGAAAAUUCUAUUAAUGAUGAUUUAUUAUUACUCAGAAGAAAGAAAAAGGAAUACAAACAAAAAAUCAAAAAGAUUGAUAAUAGUAGCACACCUAUUAAGGAAUCCAUAUCCACUGAGGAAAGAAAGCUACUUCUCAAAUCUAUCAAGAAGAAUGAGAAUAUCAUUUUCAAAAAGUAUAUCAAUGGUAUUAGAAAUAGUACGAGUAGUAUUAGUGUUGUUUUUGAAUCAUUCAAAAAUAUGUUUAAAUAUCAAUUCCUUUUCUAUGUGUUUGAAUUUAUUACCAUGACUUGUUUGGUUUCAUUCUUGAAUACCAAUCUUGUUCUUCAAGCACCUAUUGGUAGUGGACUCAUGUUCAUUGUAUCCGUGUACAUGAUUCUAUUUAGACCUUACCAUGACAUUACCCUUUCCAUUAGUAGCUCCAUUCUUCACUUGGUACUUUCAUUCAAUUUAUUAUUUGGUUAUUGGUUAUUGAGAUAUAAGGACAUUAAGGAAUUGGGAAUCGAUUGGCUCAUUAUUUCUAACUCUAAUCAAUCCAUCAUUUUAUACGUUAUCAAUGGAGCAACCAUUGCUCUCCUGUUGAUCCUCAACUUUGUCAUUCCAUUCAUUAGAAAUUAUGUAUGGAUUAGAAAUGAACUAGUUGUCGAAGAGGAUGAUGAACAUAAGGCCAAAGAUAGACGUUCGAAGAGAAUGUCUCUGAGACCUCCAACAAUGAUUGCCAAUUCAGCACCAGCUAUUUCUGGUGGGUUUGAUAAUUCCAAUGAAAUUGAUUAUGCCUUUGAGAAUAGCUAUUUCGAUGUAUUUGAGCAACAAGAAAUUCCUGCUAUAGGUAAGGAAAUUGUUGUGAGUGAGAGUAUUGAAAUGAGUACAAUAAGAAUGGAUGCACCACCUCCAAGAUACUCGCUUGUUACUAAACCUCCAAGUAUGCCAGUUGUUAGACAAUAA